AUGAAUUCAGUGGCCAGUGAUGAUGGUUCCGGUGAAGUCAAUGGUGAAGGUGAAGGUGAAGAUGAGCUUGACGAAGACGAUGCUCCUGGCGAGUCCAACGAUGGCUCGUUCAAAGAGCUGAUCGCUGAUCCUGACAAUGACGCUGCAGAUGAUGUAGAUGAAUGCGAAUAUCGAUGUCUCAUUCAAGGCUCAACAGAGGUUUGGAUUUUUCUUGGCACUUCCAUGGUGAUAUACGGUGUGUUUCUUCUCAGUGGUGGGAAUGAACAUAUUAGUGGCAUUCAUACUGGUACUGGUACUAGAUCGCAUGCCGGUACUGCCAGUCCUCUUUUAGGCUCGACAACUUCUAUAUACGGAAGUAUAGGAGGUAGUUCAGCUGCUCCUUCCACGAUCAACAUUGAUCAAGAUAUGGAAGAUCCGGAAUUCACCUCCAUUCAGCAACUUACAACUCCUCAUGAAACACCGUCUAUGUAUGGUGAUGGUCAGAGCACCGUUACGAGUAAUGGUUUGGCUCAAAAUCUGACACCAUCUGCUAGUUUGCCUGUAUCUUCUGCACCUCGUUCUCUUUCUAAUGCUAACGAGUUCUUCACGCCUUUAAUCAAGUCGACAACUGAAAAUUUGCACUCGGCUGGACGCAAAGUUUCUGGUUUUUUCAAGAAAUCGAUGGAUACAUUCCACACUCCCGGUAACACCCGAAUCUCUGAUGAAGCCUCACUCAGUCGUGCCUCGUCUUGUUCACAUAGAAAAUCUAUAACGUGUGGUAGUGGGAGCUUUCGUCAAACUAGUCCUACAAACCAAGGUGAAGUGACAAAAGAAAUGCCUGAGUAUGUGUCUUUUGGCUCCAUUCGUGAUUCCUCGUCCUUUGUGAACAACCAUGACGGAAUCGCAGAUGCAGAUAUUGGCCAUAAUGAAGGCGAUAUUGGCGAUCCGGCCGUUGACACCAGCAUAUCUUCUGGUUUGAAUCUCCUGAUGAGUAUACGCGGCCGGGACAAGUCCAGCUCUCAGAGCCCUCACAAGGUAGUGAAACACGCAAAUUCAUCACAAUCACUUCAAGCAGAUGUUUAUAGGUCUUAUUCGAUGUUCAGUCAGUUCGGUAAGGCUGCGGCUGAUAAAUUAUCGCCUCUAAAGCUGAUAUCUCCUUCCAAGCAGAGAAAUGGUUUGCAUAUUAAAACUAAAACGAGUUCUAAUAACGCUGUCGACACGUCUGCAAAUGCAAAUGAGGAUUACAACUCAAAUAACAUGUUCAACUACUCUCUCAGCAAUACUAUCGAUGAAAUCCAGAACCAGAUGAACACAAUCGACAGCAAGACAUUGCAGAUAUCUAAAGGAGAUUUAACACCUCUUAUUCAUAGUUCAGAAGGCUCUGCCUUGACAUCGCAAUUACAACCCUCGCAGCAGAUACCAUCUUCGCUUUCUACAAACAACGCAUCAGAGCCCUCCCCUAUUAACACUCGCUAUCAGUCUCUCAAAAGAGACGAACGAAACAUUUUACACAAGAACCGGAAAGUUGGCAGGAAUUUUACCACUGGAAUGCUGAGAGGUCACAGUAGAGCCCUCUCGUUUGAGCAAUCAGAGCUAUUGAGUGAGCUGAAGAAAUGA